AUGCAACAUCUCGGACCGCAAGAGGCAGCCACCCUCCCGCGCCACCUCCUAGAAGCCCACGUCGUCUCGCUGGUCCGCCAAUGCUCCGGCCACCGCGCUCUCCGCGGCGCCCACGCGCGCCUACUCAGGCUCAGCCUCCCGCGCCUCACCUACGCCUUCGCGCUCUCCAAGCUCCUCGCCGCCUCCGCUGCCACCUCCUACGCGCGCAGCCUGUUCGACCAAAUCCCCGAACCGACCACCUUCUGCUACAACUCCCUCAUCCGCGCGCUGUCCGGCACCAGCAACACCGCCGCGGACGCCUUCCUGCUCUACCGCUGCAUGCUGCGGGCGGGCGCCCCGCCACCCAACAGCUUCACGGUCGCGUUCACUAUCAAGGCGUGCGCCACGGCUCCGGCUCUCAGAGAGGGUCAGCAGCUACAUUCGCAGGCCUUCCGUCAUGGGCUGGAACCGAGCCUGUACGUGCAGACCGGGCUGCUUAACCUCUACGCCAGGUGCGAGGAGGUUGCGCUCGCCAGGGACGUGUUCGAUGGCAUGGCCGAGGACAAGAAUUUGGUCGCCUGGAGCUCCAUGAUCGGCGGGUACUCGAGAGUGGGGAUGGUGAACGAAGCCUUGGACCUCUUUCGAGAAAUGCAGGCUGCUGGGGUGAACCCGGAUGAGGUCGCGAUGGUCAGCGUCAUCUCCGCAUGCGCCAAGGCAGGCGCUCUUGAUUUGGGCAGGUGGGUGCAUGCUUUUAUAGAUAGGAAGAGGAUCACAGUCGAUCUUGAGCUGAGCACGGCGUUAAUUGAUAUGUAUGCAAAGUGCGGUCUGAUAGAGCGGGCAAGGCUUUUAUUUGACGCGAUGGUGGAGAGGGAUACCAAGGCAUGGAGCGCGAUGAUAGUUGGGCUGGCGAUGCAUGGGCUUGCAGAGGAUGCCUUGGGGCUUUUCUCAAGAAUGCUACAACUUAAGGUGAGACCCAACAAUGUCACAUUUAUAGGUGUUUUGUCCGCCUGUGCUCACAAUGGGUUAGUGGAUGAUGGCCGGCGAUACUGGUCUACUAUGCAAGAAAUGGGCAUUAAAGCUUCAAUGGAGAACUACGGUUGCAUGGUUGACCUUCUCUGUCGGUCUGGCUUUUGGAUGAAGCUUACUCAUUCGUUACGAGACAUGCCCAUAUCACCAAAUUCAGUAAUUUGGAGGAAUCUUCUUGUGGCGAGUAAAAACUCGAACAGAGUUGAUAUAGUAGAAUCGGCUUCUAAGAGGCUCUUAGAGUUGGAACCUCAAAAUUCAGAGAACUAUGUGCUCCUCUCCAAUCUGUUUGCGUCGAACUCCCAGUGGGAUAGAGUGAGGUAUAUGAGGAAAAUGAUGAAGGCUAACAAAGUUACUGUUGUUGCUGGCUGUAGUUCGAUUGAAAUAAAUGGCUACAUGCACAAGUUUGUGGUGAGCGAUGGUUCACACCCUGAAAUCAAGGAGAUAAGGCUGGUGCUGAGGGAAAUAGCUGACCGGGUGCUACGUGCUGGACACAAGCCUUGGACUGCAGCCGUUCUACAUGAUGUUGAUGAAGAGGAAAAAGAAGUUGCACUUUGUGAGCACAGUGAAAGGUUAGCCAUUGCGUAUGGGUUGUUGAAGACAAAAGCACCACAUGUCAUUCGGGUAGUAAAGAAUUUGCGGUUCUGUCCUGAUUGCCAUGAAGUGACAAAAAUAAUAAGCAAAUCAUAUGACCGAGAGAUCAUUGUCAGGGACCGUGUUCGUUUCCAUAGAUUUAUUGGAGGACAUUGUUCUUGCAAGGACUUCUGGUGAUUGCUUAACCGACUGAAUAACGUAUAUUAAAUGAUUAUUCAAAGCGUGCCAGAUGUGAUGCCUUAAGAAGAAGGUUGUUUCAGAAGUGAUAAGAUGGAAAUACCGGAAAAAACCACAUUGUGCAACGACGUAUGUGCAUGUUCUCACACCUAGAUUAAUUAACUCCAGGUGCAGAUAUUGGAGCUUCCUAUUCUGAUACCACCACUGAAAGUUAUUGAAGUAUAUUUUACAUCAUCG